CUCGAUCCGCCCAGCAUAGUAUCCACUAACAGCGACAUGCUACCAGCACAAUGCUAACAGCAGCAACACAGUCAACGACAUCUUUACGGUGUAGAAAGGUGCCAAUCAUGUAGUUAUGUCAUUCCGCCAUUCUGACUUUGAAGCCCGACUCUGACUUCGACCAUGCCGAAGAUGAAACUACCGAUAAAAACGAGCGACGAAACGCCGGACGAAGACCCAUUGGAUGGUUUACCCGGAGCCCACCAAGUAGAUCCGGCCCAGCUGGACAAGGAGACGAUCUAUGAGUGGUUCGGCCUUCACCUCAACCCGGCCAAGCGGGUGGAGUUCAUGUGCGGCUUGAUGCACAUGUGCCAGCCCCUGGAGCUCCGCUUUCUAGGCUCCUACUUGGAGGACCUAGCCCGGAAAGACUAUCAUGUUUUGCGGGAUUUUGAAUUCCGUGCGAACAACCAGCAAGAGUUGGGGGUCUUAACGGACGUGUUCGACUCGGUGGUGAGGGCGAAAUUACUGGUUUGUUUGUCUCUGCUCGGGUCUGACAGCAGGGAAUGCGCCGGGGUACUCUUCCGCGUACUGAACCAUGUAGACCUGGGCUUGUUCUACAAGAACUACCCCCUUCCUCCGUUCAGGGACCCUCACCACCGCUCCUUCCGCCCGGCGUGUCAGGGCGGGAGUACGUGCCUGGGGAAGGAGCAAACCUGUGGAUUUUCGACGACCGACAUCCCCGCCGGACCGUUGAACCAGUUAGCGCUGCUUUUCACUAUGGCGUCUCUUCACCCGGCUUUCCACUUCCACCAGCGAGAGACGCUUCGGGAGAAGCUCGAUAAAAUUGAGCUUGUGUUAGAAGAGGAGGGUCGUCAUCUUGCUUUAAACGCAAAACCCAUGGAUCUGUCGGGCCAGAAAGGUGAUUAUCUGGCAUCUUCACCUCUGACUUUGGCAGAAUGUGCAGACUCCCAUCCUCCUUGUCAAAACCGACGCUCCAGGCGCCGGGCGAUAAAAAGAGAAGCAGUGCAUAUAGAGGGAAUUGUGCUGAAGGGCAUCUCUAGGGCCAGAAUGGACAAGGAAUAUACCUUUGAGGUAAAGUGGUCCGACUCUUCCUCUAGUAACGUGACCAAGACUCAUCUGGAACUGGAAAAUUUUCUUUUUAAGCUUCCUAAAGAUCAGUGCACUGAGACCUUUGAGAAAGGCCUCCUGAGACUUUUGAGCCAAGGGGACUAUUACGAGAGCAGAGAAGUCGAGGAAAGCCUCAGGGAAAAGUUCCUUGCUGCCCCUCCAAUUUUCAGACAGGCCAGAAAGGUGUGCAGCUUCUUCAACUGUGACUCCAGUUACUCUACAAAACUCUCUUGCUGCCGAUGCAACUCCCAGCUGGGGAAAAACUUCCAAGGAAAUAUUUCUGAUGCCUCCAGUCAGGAUGAAGAAUCAUACAGCCAGAGAGACAAGAAGAAGCAUGGAACCAAGAGUACCAGUCAAUGUCCGUCUUGUACUAAAGGCCCUCGGGGAGACAGUCGGAGGGGGCCUCACGUUGCCGAGCUCAGCGUUCCAGCAGAAAGGAGGAAGAGAAGCUGCACCUUGAGGAGCACGCUGGAGUGUGAACAGGACACACAGAAGAGAAGCCUUCCAGUCACUAAGACUAAGAACAGAGUCCUGCCCAAUGACAGAAAUGCUGCAAAGGGAUUUUGUCUGACCAAUGGUAAUCUACUGCCAGCUGGGUUGGCUCAAAUCAAAGGUUUGGUUGCAGUUGAGGGUUCUGGUCUGGACACAUUUGGUGAAACUUCAUCAGAGAGCUACAGCUCUCCAUCGAGUCCUCAACACAGAGGAGCUGAGAGCCUGGAAAGUGAGGACGAUAAUAACAGAGAAACUGAUUGCCACUCUGAUGACUCCUGCAAACUACCCGGUCCUGACGUGUUCUUCGGCCAGCAGACCGAUCCAAGCGCAGUGGGGGACAUGAUGUCCGACCCUCCUCUAGCGCCUCGCAACCAGAUGAUGAUGGAGAACACUCAGUUUUCCCGUCUUUCCUUAAUGCAUCCUCUGCCGUAUGUGCUCCCCAACGGCGCCUGUGACUCACUUGUAGUGCCUCCUCCGCCUCCCGGCAAAAGCCUUCUCCCGGACGCAAAGCUACCUUCCGGUCCAGCGGCUGUGCAGAUGCCUCCCAUGGUUCCGGUGAUGUCGGGCCACGUGGAAACGGAGAAAAGGGACAUCAUCCCGACUUUUGGUUUCCAGCCUUUGGUCCAAAGGUUCAAAAUGUCUUCUUCCCAACCUCGAGGUGGUCCUGAUGGAGUGGCACCGAGCACUUGCACGACUGCAGCUAUCAGCCUCCCGUCUUCCCAGCUGCCUCAGGAUGCGGCGGCCGUCAAUCCAAACCUGACGGCCGCACUUCCUGUGGGGGAGACUUCUCACAACAAACACGCUGGCUUAACUCUUCCAUCGGGUCUGCCUCCUGCUUACCCCCCUGCAGGUGCGCCAGCAGCCGCUGGACCUGUGUCCUCUCCUGGACUUGUGCAAGCUGCUGUUCCUCCGGCUGUGCCCACACACGCCCCGGGCCCCGCCCCCAGCCACAGCCCAGCACUUACGCACAGCGCGCCACACAGCGAGUGUCUGUCAUUCGGCAACACCAGCGCUUCCUGUGGCAAUCCUCUGGCGUUCCAACAAACUCACCAACAGCAGCAGCAGCAGCUGAUUGGCUGCGGCACGUGCGGCUGCCACAACAACUGCGGCGGUCGGGGUGGCGUGAGCGGCUGCCAAGCGCCGUUCUUCUUUCCCAAUCAUCAAAUGGCGGCAGCAGCACGGCAGGUCUUCAGUGUCCCGCCUCCUCUCUUCCAACUCACAAGCCUGUGCAUCAACAGCUACCUCACCCAGGGCCAGCAGCCGCCCCACCAGGCCAACGGGGGCGCCUUCUACGCCGCAGCCCCUCCCCCCAGCCACCCCUACAGCCCCCUCCACUCGCAUUCUCACAGCCAUGCCGACGUGCCGGCACACAUGCUGAGCACUCAGGUGGUGGCGGCCGCCAGCUACAACCUGCAGCAUCAGAUCACGCCGGCAGCUGCCUUUUUCCAGCGUGUUUACCAGCAGGUCUACCCCGGUCCUGUGGGGAUGCUGCCCCCUGCUGCUCUGGGGGGCGUAGGAGUGAACAAGAAGACUGGCAGCACGUCUUGUUGCAACUGUGGUGUGAGCGGACAUUAUGCUCAGGACUGUAAGCAGCCCUCCAUCGAAUCUACACAGCAAGGAAGGUUCCGGUUAAAGUACGCAUCAGCACAGCUGUCAGAGACACUCGACAACGCCUACUGAUGACAUGAAGAUGUUGUCGCCAUGACGACAACAGCGGGCUGAGCGGACAAAGCUGAGGUUUUUGUGCCUGAAUCUUGUUGAUGAGCUUCAACUUAAUCCUCUUUUUGCACUGAGGCCGGGAAACAUUUAACUUAUUGUCGGGGACGCCAUUUUUAAAGGCCAUGUUUAUGCUGUGUCGGCAUUAAUACUGCUCUCUCCUUGUUUGUUUGAUGGUACCUGAAGGCAUCAUGUGAAGAUGAAGGAAACUAAUCAACGCUCAUUAAGAACACUUAAGUCAGUACACUGUGUACUAACGAGUGUGCACAUUUUGACAGAUGACUGUCAUUGUCUUGAAGUACACUUAAAUAACUAGGUUUAUCGCGUACUAACGUUGCCGAGUGUGCAAAUGUUGACAGUUGAUUGCGGUUCCAAGUCUAUUACUGUUAUUGCACACUCGGCCAUUGGAAGUAUUUACUGUACUUCCGCUAGUUGCUCCUCGGCCGCCAUUGUGUCAAGUAAGCCCCUCCCCUUCCACUACUAGGGUGCUAAGUGGCCAUCAGAAUGCACUCACCAUUUUUUAAGUGCAACAUCCUGGUAUUCUUCAGUGCACUGCAUUUUACUGUUCUUAGUGCUCCAGCGUCCCAAGAGCAAGCACACUUCAAAGAUGAGGUGUAAUAAGUGCAUGAACUGCGACAUAAUUGCCUUCAAAGGCAGUUACUGUUUGGAACUUUUUGGUUUUGUUUUAAAUAUUUUGAGUGCACUAAAACGUUUGAACAUUUCAAGCAAGGCUUUACUCUGCUUAGUACACUUUCAUAUACUGUAAAAAAAAAAAAAAAAAAAGCAUUUCUUAGUCCAGUUCAGAUGAAUUAAAAUCAGCCAGCUAUAAUUUAAUAUUGUUUUAUUAUUAAUAUUUGCUGUGAAUGACAAACUUUUCACUAAAAUAUCUUGAACUUGAAAGAUUAAAGCGUCUCAAAUGGCAAUACUUCUGUCCGUGCACUUUACUGAGUGUACUUCCUUGGUAUACAGUGGUUCUUAACCUGGGUUCGAUCGAACCCUAGGGGUUCGGUGAGUCGGCCUCUGGGGUUCGGCGGAGGUCAAAACACACCCGACUCAUCCUGUAAAUACAAACAUCUCCCUAUCGGCGUAUUACGGAUACGGCAACAGCUGACUGAUUGGCAGGUGUGUAAUUUGUUGUGAGUUUAUGCACUGUGUUGGUCUUGUUGUUUGAAGAAGGUGAUGUUCAUGCACGGUUCAUUUUGUGCACCAGUAAAAAAAACAUGGUAACACUUUAGUAUGGGGAACAUAAUCACCAUUAAUUAGUUGCUUAUUAAAAUGCAAAUUAGUAACAUAUUGGCUCUUAACUAGUCAUUAUUAAGUAAGUACGUAACCCUAACCCUAACCAAAUAACUCAAAAUUAAGUCUUUAUUACUUAGAAUAUGUUUCCCUAGUGUUCAAAUAAUUCUAAAUUUGACAUGAUCUAUGGUCUGGAUUAUGGUUUUGUUAUUUUUUAGUUCCUGUUUGCGAUACCUUGUUUUGUUUGGUUACCAUGCCGACUUAUGAUUUUUCUUUCAUGGGGGGGUUUUGUUUGUUCUCCUGGGAUGCAAACGGACUAUUCCGGACAAGGCUUGCAGGUAGGAACAUAUUUAUUAACUCUAUAAAUCUUGGCAGGGCAUGAGGUACACGAACAAACUAUGGCGGGGAACAAACACAAAACUGUGGCAUGAAACAAAUAAACUAUGGCUUCGAACGAACACAAAACUGUGGCAAGAAAUAAACACGGAAUGAAUCGAGCAACACGAAAUGUCGUUAUCGCAUGAAAACAAGCAAUGACGCCAGGCCGACUGACUGGCAAAGACAGGCUUAAAUAAGGGUCUUAAUUAGAAACAGGUGCACGGUCGGAACACCAGAGGCAGGUGAAAAUCAUAAGUCGGCAUGGUAACCAAACAAAACAAGGGAGCGCAAACAGGAACUAAAAGAGUCCAAAAACUAACAAAAACAUGAUCCAGACCACAGAUCAUGACAAGAUUAAGACUUUGUCGCUUAGAAUAUGUUCCCUAUACUAAAGUGUUACCAAAAACCUAGAACUUUGUCUUGAAUUUGAAAAAAAAAAAAAAACAUUUUAUUUUUAACUAAAGAAGGGUUCGGUGAAUGCGCAUCAGAACCUGGUGGGGUUCGGUACCUCCAACAAGGUUAGGAACCACUGUGUUAAAUAUUGGAAUUAUUUAAUUUUUCAGACUCUUGUUGCAUACAAUUCUAGUCAUUUUGACGCCUAAAGUCUUCCAGUGCAAGAACUGACUGAACAGACAUGAAAUAAAUAUAUGCAACUGAUAGCAGUUGUAUCAUCCUGCUACUAAAAGUGUGCUGCACUUGUGCACUCAGAAUCCAGAAGUGUGCCAAUUGAGACAGCAACAUCAUUUUUGUAUUAUUGGUAAGUCUCUAAAUCUAUAGCAUGCUGCAAAUAGAUCAGUGAAUCUUUUUUAUGGAUCAAACACUUGAUUAAAAUCACAGCAGCCAUGUCAUUGAAAAGGUUUUUUUUUUUAAACUUAAGUGGGUUUAUGCCACACGUUAAAUCUUAUGUUUUCUAACACAGCCUGUUUUGGAUGGUGUGGAAGCUGGAGCCUAUCCCAGCUGCCUCCAGUUAGUCACAAGACGCAACAUUCACACCAACUGUCACUGAGCAGGACUUCAUCCCAGCCAUGUUAACCCCCUGUGAUGUCCUGUCAAUCAUAUAAUCACACUCAUGGGUUAUUAUGACGUGUACAUAUACUGUAUGUACUCUUAUUUCCUGCUCAGUUGAAAUGUUUACUGUACUUUGAUACUGGAAGGUCUGACAUGUUUUUUUUUAGCAGGAUUUGGAUUUUAUGCAAACUUUUCAUUUAAAUUAAAAGCAAUACAUGGAAUAAGAAA